AUGGUAUUUGAACCCCGUGUUCAAGACUGUUCUGGGUGCAGAGGACGGCUUCUCGAAUCUCUUUGUUCCAACCACCCUUUAUUCUCUGCAGACCACUUUCUCGGCGUCCUCAAGGACGAUGCUCCUCCUUUUCUUGACUUUUUUCGUCUCCUCUCUUCUCCGGCUCACAGCGACAAGCCCAUUUGUGGCGUUUAUGCCCUUCUCAUAGAGAAGAUCGGUUGCCCGGCGAAGCUCUACGUUGGAUCUGGUACGAGUGCGUCCCAUGGUGUCUUCUCUCGGCUCGUAGACUAUGACAACGAGAAUAGCACCAACCUACCAGACCUCGUCCGCAAAGCCAUCAAGGAUGGCUAUACUAUCACUCGUGCGGGUCUACUUUGCUAG